AUGGGUUGCUGCCAAUCGUCGAUGCUGCUGAGAGUGGGGGAGAGGGAGACUCACCCGGAAAGGGAAAGGGAAAAGGAAAAGGAAAGGGAAAGGGAAAAGGAAAAGGAAAAAGAGCAAGCAUACGGAAACCAGCAGAGGGCGUGUGUGGAGGGGGAGCGGGAGAAAGAAGGGGUGGAUUUCUCCUUCACGGAGUUCUCGCUGCCGGAGUUGAAGGGGGCCACCAACAAUUUCAGCUCAGAGUAUAUCGUCUCUGAGAGUGGGGAGAAGGCGCCCAACCUCGUCUACAAGGGUCGCCUCCAGAACCAGAGCCGUUGGAUUGCGGUCAAGAAGUUCAGCAAGGCAGCCUGGCCGGAUCCCAAGCAGUUCGUCGAAGAGGCUUCCGGCGUAGGCAAGUUGCGCCACCCGAGGCUCGCUAAUUUAAUCGGUUACUGCUGCGACGGCGAUGAGAGGCUCCUCGUUGCCGAGUACAUGCCCUAUGACACUCUCGCCAAGCAUCUCUUCCACUGGGAAACUCAAACUAUUGAGUGGGCCAUGCGCUUGCGGGUGGCUCUGUACAUCGCACAGGCUUUGCAUUAUUGCAGUUCAGAGGGGCGUCCCUUGUACCACGACUUGAAUGCUUACCGUGUUCUCUUCGACCAGGAAGGUGAUCCUCGUCUCUCUUGUUUCGGUUUUAUGAAGAACAGCAGGGAUGGCAAGAGUUAUAGCACCAAUCUCGCUUAUACACCUCCUGAAUAUUUAAGAAACGGAAGGGUCACUCCUGAAAGUGUCAUUUACAGCUUCGGAACCGUCCUUCUAGACCUCCUCAGCGGCAAGCACAUCCCUCCCAGUCAUGCACUUGAUAUGAUACAGGGGAAGAACAUUAUGCUCUUAAUGGAUUCGCAUUUGGAGGGAAAGUUUUCAACAGAAGAAGCAACAGUAGUUGUUAAUCUUGCCUCUAAAUGUUUGCAAUAUGAACCGAGGGAGCGGCCUGAUACCAAGGAUUUGGUCACAACACUGGCCCCAUUGCAUACAAAACCCAAUGUGCGUUCUGAUAUCAUGCUUGGAAUUCCAAAGCACGAGGAAGCACCAUCAACUCCACAACGUCCUCUUUCAGCAAUGGGAGAGGCUUGUUCAAGAAUGGACCUAACUGCAAUACAUCAGAUCUUGGUUGCGACACACUACAGAGACGAUGAAGGAACUAAUGAGCUGUCGUUCCAAGAGUGGACUCAACAGAUGAGAGAUAUGCUGGAGGCAAGGAAGCGUGGAGACUAUGCAUUCCGUGACAAAGACUUCAAGACAGCCAUUGAUAACUACUCCCAGUUUAUUGAUGUGGGAACGAUGGUCUCCCCAACUGUUUUUGCAAGACGCAGUCUAUGCUAUCUGUUAUGUGAUCAACCAGAUCCUGCGCUACGCGAUGCAAUGCAAGCACAGUGUGUUUAUCCGGACUGGCCAACGGCUUUCUACAUGCAAUCAGUUGCUCUUGCAAAGCUGGACAUGCACAAGGAUGCUGCUGAUAUGUUAAAUGAGGCAGCUGCAUUGGAAGAGAAGAGACAAAGAGGAGCGAGAGGAUCAUAA